AUGCAGAAGAUAGUAGUCUACAGCCAACAUAGACGUAUCGUUUUGUGUGUGUGCGUGUAUGUGUGUAAGAAUGAUAACACCUUAACUCUGCACCAGCUGCCAUCACUUACUUUACAGGUUUUGCUGAAACUGACAACAGUCUACUUUGUCUUCUAUUUCCUGUUCACUCUCAGCUUGAUCAUCAGAAAGAGCUUGUUGCUGUCUUAUCCUGUUGAAGCUCUUGCCUCUGAUGUCAGUGUGCUGUUCCUCCUGGCUGCUCUGGAGUUCCUCCAUUUCUUCUGUGGUGUGAAGGGCAACCUGACGGAGAGUGAGAGCUAUCUCCUGAUUAACCUCAUUGUGACGGUGACGACCAUCGUGCUGACAGUCUACUUCCUGGUGUGGCAGACGUACGUGAUGUGGGUAGACAUCGUCAUCAGCAGUGUCUUGCUCGUUGUCUAUGGCUUAAAUGGCAUCUUGGCUUUCAGCACUUUCGCCAGAAUAACAAGUGUGUAUUCAUGAAGAAGCUGCCUCUACAUCGUCAUGUUGCAUGUAGCAGCUGAAGUCACAGCACAUCUGCACUUCUUUGGUACAACCAAGAAUCAAGACUUUGCCUUUAGGACUGAAUGUUUGAAUUUUU